AUGGCGUCUCGGAGGGAGAGCAACGCGGAUCGUAACGUCGAUGCUCGUAAGGCUCUGGGUGUUCGUCCAGGUGAACAACCUCCACCGAGGUUGAUGUUGGAGCGCCCUUCCUUACCCAGCAACGCACCUUCUCCAACAGCUACUGCACCACCUUCACCCAAAUCACCUCCUGGCUCACGAAAUGUCUCGAUCUCCGUCCCGCCCCUCACCAUCCCUUCUUCUCCCACUGUAGACCAGCCAACGCGAUUCCGAAGACCGACCAUCACCUCCAAACACAAGCCAUCUAGGCUGGCAACCAAUAACAGAGGUCUAUAUGAGACGCAGAAAUUGCUAUCCCAUUUACUAGACAAGUUAGAAUCUCGUGAUGCUGCGCCUGACUUGCUGGAAAGAGCAGCGAUAUCAGCUAGGGAAAUCAGCGGGAGAAAUAAAGGCAAGUCGAAAGGCAAAGUACAAAGGAUAGGAAAUGUCAUAGCACGUGCUGCCCAUCAUGCUACCGGUGGUGUACCUUACACUUCUGCUUCUUCUUCGAUACUCUCUCCGCCUGGUACAGCGACGUCUUCGUCUCUUGGACCGGGGGUCAUGGGGAUAGCAAGUGAAGAUUUUGAGGAUAUCAUUUUAGCGGAAGGUGAGAUUGAUACAGAAGCGAUAUAUGAUUUGGUCGAACAGACUAGGGGACUGCUAGUCUUAGCUGAAAAACAAGGACUGGAUUUUUUCGAAGAUGAACAUGGUGGUGCGAGACCUAGUAUACCUGGUGUACCCGUAUUGGACUCUACACCGAUCAAGAAUAAAAGAAAAGCAGGAAGAUUCUCUUCAAUAGCUCCCUCGGGAUCGAUCAAACCUUCUUUCUCCUUAUCAAGCGAUAAAACCGAUAAUCAGAAACAGGAAGAUCACCAUCCCAGGAAUUCACAUGACAAUUCAAUCGCAGGUCCAGUCCUCUUGGCUCGGAUGUUGCAUGUCUUGCAGACGCUAUUGACCGUGGAAUGUCUACAUCGAACCCAUUCGUUCAGACCCCUAUGUCCUCCAUAUGCAUUACAAGCUGCCUGUCUGGAUAUCGCAAGCUAUCUAUACACGAAAUCCGGGAUGGAUACCAAAAUCAAAGUGGUUGGAAUGGUGGUAGAUGGGUUCUAUGGAAUGAGUGGGAUGUUAGAGAAAGUCUGUGAGUGGCUGGAAGGUAAAUUAGGUGAAUUGUUGAUUCGAUUAGCGAAGGAAAGAGGUGGACCAGGGAAGAAAGAUCAGGUGGAAGAUAUGGGUUGGACUGACCCGUUCUCAACGAAAGAAGCUCCUGGUAAAGCUGUUCCUACAUUCGCAAUAUCUACCGAUUCGCAAGAUUCCCUACCUCCUCCACCCAAUCAGUCUACACCAGGUUGGAAACGAUAUUCACCCACAUCGCCCUCGUUCCCCUUCUUCCCUCCUGGUGAUAUUGCAGGUGUAUUGUCCACCCACGCUACGAAAGAUGCUUCACAUACGACUAUCGUGAUCGCAUCACUCGUUCCUCGAAUCUUGUUAGGUCUGACCACAAUGGUCGAUCUCAGUAUAUCGAAGCUGACUACUAUCCAUCGGGUCCAUCGACUGCUCACACUUCUGCUCACGGCCAAACCGGAUUCUUCUCUUGACCUACUGGAAAUCGUCGCUCAUGCGCCUUCGAAGGCCAGGCGUACUGCUCUGGAGAUUUUAUCGACAUUUUAUCCAGCUGUUGUAGGACACAAUACAAUCUCACGCCGAUUAGCAAAUACGACAUAUGCCGCUCAACGAGCUAAAUGGGAGACAGGUCAAGAGAGGGCUUUAGGUGAAGAUGACGAUACACAUUAUUUCGUACCGUGGAGAUAUUCAAGUAAAGAAGAUCCGGAGGACACGUGUCCGAAAUGUGGAGUCUGCGAGUCGGAAGUACAUGGGUUCAUCGUUAGAUGUACAAUGUGCAGGGAAUAUAGACAUCUACAUUGUUAUCAUACAGGCGGAGUGCACACUUACGAUGUCAUCACGUUGUCUUCCGACAAUGCUUCGACCCCUCAUCAGAUGGCUCAUGUGAAAUUCUCACCGACUCCUCCAAGAUUAGACGAACAAGUGUUAUUUGGAUCUACGAUUCGUGGGAAUUCCACUUCGACCAAACGAAGAGUAGGUCAACAUGACUUAGUUCUGGUCAAUCUGUUCAACCUUACACUAUGCGAUGCGUGUAAUGAACCACUUUGGGGAACGACUGCCCAAGCGUAUAGCUGUUUUAACGGAUGUCAACGAUUCUUUCACUCGAAAUGUCUAGAUAAGAUGGAGAAGGAUAAUAGAGGUCAAUGUAGGUUCGGCAGAGAUGUGGUCAUCGAUGAGAUAUCUUCUCAGGGUAGUAAUCCCUUUGUCAUUCCGCUUUCACGCUUUCGACACUCAUUCAACGAUAUAUCCGCCCAACUCUGCAAAGGAAAGGACGAACUUCAGCGGAGGACUUACGAUGAGAUAGCAAUACUUUGGGGUGAUUUAUGGAUACAAUACCAAUUACUUAAGAACGGAUUAUCAAGUGGUAGUUUACGAAUAACCGACUACGACAUCAAGAUCGAACCUGAUUUAUUGAGCAUGAAAUCCACCUUGAAGCUGUAUGAAGAACAGCUGAGAUCAAGAUACUCGGAAGCUUCACCUGCUUCCAGCGACUUUACACAUGUCAUAGGUACUGAAAAGCCAUUGGGAUGUGGAUAUCUGUUUUCCGAUAAAUUCCUUACCUACGUUAUUGCCUUGCUACGAGCCCCUUCGUCGACCAACCCGAUGGCUAGUGGGACCCAAACUCCCUCAGAUGUAUUACUUACUCCUCUAGGAUUACCUGCCCCGAAUGAAGAAAUGGACGGUAAUGAAGGUUCGUAUGAGAUGUUACCAUUAUCAAUCAUCUCUUCCUCCCUUUCCUCCGACCUAGGCAUAUCCGAUCAAUAUAUAUCAACAUUAUUCUUGACCCAACUUCGAUCAAUUGGGUUAAUCACUAUCAACAAUAAACUCUCAAUCACUGCUGAAGACUUGACUUCACCUAAUAUAUGGGCAGGCUUCAAUCUACCAUUAUUAAUUGAUAAUUCACCUACGAUCGAACUUCUCGUAUCUACCAUCGAAGUCUUACUGGAUGACCUGGAUUUGUCUCUCAACGAACAAGGAUUAAGAUUAUUGGCUGAAAGAUGUUGGCCUAGUGGAUUAUGUUCACCUUAUGCUUUGGAUAGAUUAGGUAAAUCGGUGGUUAACUGGAUAAUGAAUCAUGAUGAUUCAUUAUUGCAGAUUGUUAAACAUUACGCAUCCAAACAUCGGAAAUUACCUGGAUUGCAAAUCUCAAAUAAAAACACCAAUGCUAAUCAGAGUUCGGUUAAUAUGUAUCAAGAUGUUAGGAACGGAUUGAUGGACAAGUAUGCGAAAAGGUGGUUGAGGGCUUUACAUGAUUUAGAUCCGAUACCGUACGCAGCUAUGGUUUAUGAAGAAUGUAAGAAUCCCUUGGCAGCUGGUAAACUGAAUUAUGAUAGUGAAGAAUCGAAUGAUCAGCUCGCAUCGAAAAUGGCAGGUAUAGCCCUCGAAAGGAUGACUUCUGUUGUAGAUGCCGAAGUUAUAUUCUCUACUUUGAUGGAAUUGGUCACUGCUUGGCUAGAGGAUUUAGGUGCUUUAGCAGAUCAGGACGUGGUGUACCGUUCUCUUCCCCGACUUCUGCGUCACUCGAACUCCUCCCCCUCAUCAUCAUUCGAUCAAACGGACUUAUUCUCCUUGUCUCUCUCGGUCUCCCAGUCUGGUCCAGAAGGUCUCAUUAGAGUCUGCAGAUGGCUUAGAGUCCUGUCAUUCUCAGGAGUGGAGAUUCCGUGGAAUGUAUUGAUUGAUCUGGUGGAAUUACAAUCAACGACCCAAAGCGAAGUCGACGCGCGACUCGAUCUAGUCAUUGCAGUAGGAGCGAACGGAAUGAUCAUGGAUCCGGAAGCAUUCGCCGGUCUGUGUGCUAAGGUCGGGAAAGGGAUUUUUACGGAUAUGGGUGGUCAAGGUGGUAUUAGCAAUCUAGCGCAUAAUGAACUCGACCUGAUUAGGCAAUGUAUGGUACUUUGCCUUCGAGUGUAUGGAGUAUCUUUAGACGACGUCGCGCGAACAUCGUUGAAUAGUGGAGAAUUGCAUACGAAACAACCUGCAAGUAUGUCAAAGAAAAAACGGGCUCCGAGCGGUCGAACUGUCUUCUCCCUUGAUAAGGAAAUGGUCUCAUCGGCUGCUUUGAUUUUGGAUCGCCCAAAUUUCCCUCGGGAGAUGUUACUUGAUUUCUUAUGGUUGCUUUUCACGAAAGCUUCGAUGGUGGACAAUGUGGACGGAUUCAUACACCGUGCUUGUUCGAAGUUGUACCCAGUGAUAUGGCCUUUGGUGGAUGUUACCGUCGAUCGCAAGAGCCGUACGAGGGUAUUGCUCAGGAUGUUGAGUGUGAAUUCGAACUCCCUGGAGAAGAUCGUCAGAGAACAACUUGAUUCUGGACCUGAGGGAAGGGCUAAAGUUCGCGAACGACUCCUGACUUUCAUACUCGAAUUAUCCGACUCGAGUCUCGUCUACGAAUUGACUUCGUGGCAAUCUUCAGCAGUUGGCUUGAUCUUGCUCCUCUUUGAUGUCCUCACGGAUACCUCGGAGAUGAUACCUGACAAUUUAGUCAUACUUCAAUGUCUACUUCCAGCUCAACUACAAGCUAUGUCUUCAUGUUUUGAGGACUACCUGGCUAGACAUAGUGAUGAAAAGAGAUUGAUAUUAUUGACUAGGUUGAGGAGAUUGAGAUUGAACUUACCUACUUGGCCUGUCAUCUCUUGGACGAAGAUUGAAGAAUUGCUAGCGGAAGAAGUGGCUUCUAUAACUCAACUACGUCCUGGUCGAGCCUCUCAAACGAUGAAUGCCUUGAUGGACUCUCAGUCCGUUCGGUGCUCCUUACUAUCCCUCGGCUUAGACAUGCUAUCGUCCGGUAUCAGCGUACCAUGGAUGAUAGCCCAGCGAUUCCAACAACACGUUGCAUCAUGUCUCUCUCUACCUUGGACGAACCCGAUUGAAGGAAUCACCUCUCUCGUCCUUCCGUCCAUCCGGGCUGUAUUGGAUAGUUCAGCAAGAAUUACCAUAUCUGGUCAAGCGUUUGAAAGUAAAGCUAAGAAGACUGCCCUGGUCGGGGCGCUUUUCGUACCUAUCGUUAUAGACUUGGGUAGUGAAUUGGGUAAAUUUGAAUAUCUCACUCAGAGGACUUUGUUGGAUAUUCUCAUGGUAACAUUUUUCAAGCAAGAUGUCCGGACGGUAGAAUUGGCUGCUUUGAGUUCUCUACAGACUCUAGCUCAAUUUGUAGCUACAACGGAAUGUACGGAGAACAGGUUAUUAGCUCUGCAGAUCCUGCAGACCGCACCGGUCAGGAUGGAUCGAGAGAGUGUGAUUAGGGCUGUACCAUCGGUAUUCGCUACUAUUGCUGGAGUGCUGGUCAAGGAGAACGAAGCUGAACAUUCUGAUUCGGCGGUGCUUGAGCAGAGUCGAGUGUUCUUGAGAGGCAUUAUCAAAAGUUUCGGAAGAUCUGGAUUGUUCAUUCAGCUGUUCAGAAUUGAAGAUCCUGCGACCUAUAAGCCUCACGAAUCUUCGAGCCUAGGUAAAGCCUUGCAAUUGCUACAUGCGUCUGAGAGGACUUUGGAAGGACAGCCGUCGAUCUUCGAUAAUGUGUUCCACAAUCUGUCGGAUGUACUCAAACGUGGUCGCCAGACUGUUGAUCAGGUCUUGGUCUCGUUAUGCAGAUUCUCUGAAUCUUUGCACGUGGAGUUAUCCGAGGAUGUCGCUCAGAGUUUCGGACUGUUCAUUGCUAGAUUGGGUAAACACGUCGCUGAAUAUGAUCAACACGAAUUCGACCCCAAUCCGGCAUUGAAAAGUUGUGCCGCAAUUCUGGACUUGGUACAACCCAUUGCUUCAACGACACUGCUACAUCAGAUAUCCACAUUCCUCCAUCUUGCACUGACCCGUUUCAAUGUGUCGCACGAUGUGCUAUCAACAUUGUUAGCUGUCUCAGAGAGGGUAGCGCGAGGUCAGUCUACCGAAGAUACAGUCAGGACCGUCACAUUCGAGUUGGCCGGAUCGAUCGUGCAUGGUUUGAAUGUAACCCCUGUGACACUUCUCACGCUACUCAACUUCCUCGCUGUCAAUGCUUUCCCCGAUCACGAUCUCGACGCUCGAAGCUUCGCCCAACAGAAACGAGUACUUGCGGAUUCCGCACCGGGAUGUACACAGAUCUUACUUCGUACCCAUCCAACUUUCGCUGUGGGACAAUUAGAUGCAGAUGUAACUUUGGCAAUAAUGAUGAAAACUGCUACGGUGCUGUGUAAGGCGGAAAUGAUCGUUCAGGGGAUCAUCAGUCAGAAUUUGGGGAACAUCAUAACUGAGGCCGCGUCUACCCAAGUCAACCUAUUCGUCUUCCUACUUCUUUCUUCGCUUGACCUACAGAUGGGUCCAGCGAGAAAACGAAUCAUUUCGCUUUACCCUUUACUCGCCAGGGCGACUUCCCUAUGCCUUCGAGCAUCUGCAGACUUCCUUACUUUACAGGACACCUCAGGGGACGGAGCCGAACUUCUUUCAGUAGUGUUUGUGGUAUUUCGGUCGACUGUCUUGGCUUUGCACGAUUCAGAGGCCGGCAGUAGUACGUUGAUGAGCAAUAUGGAAGAGGACGCCAUGGACACUUUCUGGUGUAGAAUUUGGCCAGAUUGGUAUAGACUCUUGACAAUCUCACUGGAUUCAUCAUGUAUCAACGGACCAUUGAAAGCGGUAUCUCAUAGUGUAUUCCUCGACACGAUAAUCUUCCUCGGACAGGUACAUUCGUCGAUUCUCACCAGACAUUCCGGGACAUUAUCGCACGCUUUGACUGUUUUGGUGAAAUACCAAGAAUCGCUUUCGUCGACGAGCGGUGGGAAAAUGCAGAAGGCUGCUCAAGUUAUGGAUCGGAUUUCGAAUGGAGUAGGAAUCGGACAUAUUAGUGAUAGUGAUAGACGGACGAUUGUCAGUAAUAUCAAGAAGGAUCUGAGUGCGACGGAAAGAUUGAAAGCUCUAAGGGCUAUGUAA